ACUUCCAUUAUUUAUUUAAAAAUAAAUGAGAUGCUGACGAAACAUUCUAAGCUCAGUUCAAACGACUACAAAUCGAGUACAUACGAUAGAAUUAAUGGACUUUACGAAAAGAAAUCAUUUAUCUCCUAUCCACAAUCGAUCUUUCUUUGUCGCUGCCAGCCGCCAGGAUCGACAGUGGCGCCGCCGAUCUAUAUACGAAUAAAUUGUUUGAUCAAUUCUGAUAUUGAGGCAAAUUAAUUUCUUGAAGGUCGAAGAGGAUAUUUGGAGAUGAGAGGGCCCAUUGAGGAGGUUUUGAAUGAGUUGGGGUGGAAUGAUGGCUUCAGGAUCCCUGUGGCCAAUGAGGAGAACAGACAACUUGAAGACGAGAUCGACGAAAAAAUUAAGCAGAAAAAAAACCUUGUGGAAGACCUGGCCAUCAACGAGGAUCGAGUUAAAUCUAUCGAGGAAUACAUCACAAACAUUAACAUCGAACAUGAUCACAAUCAGAAACUGCUCACGGCCUAUGCAGCCCAGCAUAACGCCGAGGAUCACAUCUUCAAAGUCUCUGAGCACGAGGAAUCGUCGAUCGCUCAGGAGAUCCGGAGUCUCGAGCGAGAAAAGACAAAUCUGGAGGAGAGGAUUACUUCCUUGAGAAAGGACAUGGGAAAAACAGAAGAGAAACUGAAUCAUUCCCAGAGAACUGUCGCUAUUGAUAAGGAGCAACUCCUCCAGUGGGAGGAUGUCUUGAAUAAGGAGGAGGAGGAUGAGGAAUUGUUGCAGAAGUACAUGAAAUCUGAUGCCAAGGAAUUCAAAAAUUUGGAAUUGAAACGUCAGAGAUUGACUUUGGAAAUGGGCUCCCUGAAGUCCUCGGUCCUCCGAACGCUGAACGAAAUUUGUGAGAUGGAGAUCAUUCUCGAGAGAACAGCGAACUUCUAUGUUGAAGCCCUGGAGGAGCGAGGUCAGCUGAUCGAAAGAUGGUCCGACAGUGUACGAGUUCUGCGUCAUCGAGACACUGGAAUCCAGGAGAUUUUACGAGAAAUCGAGACCCUGAAGGAAAUCGGGAAAGAGAAGAUGUCUGUGUUAUCAGAGUCCGAGGAUUUCCUGAAGACUCAAGUCUCCACCAAUCAGCAACUGGAGGAGUUCAUACGCUACCUGGAAAAGAGACUAUUCCUGGACAAAGAAGAGCGCCGGAAAAUCGUGGAGAGCAAUGCAAUGUACGAACUGGAGUAUCAAAUAAGAAAAAAAUCGCUGGAGGGGCUGUCACGUCGCUCCCAGCGACUGAAAUCAGACGUGAAAGCCACCCAGAUUUCGCUGGAGACUAAGAGAAGAAAAAUUAACGACUGGACGAGAGAAAUCCAGGAGAUCAAAGCUGCCAUUUGUGGAGUUGACGACCAGAGUCUGAGCGCUACAGAUCGUCUAAAGCAGCUGGAGGCGAUGCUCGAGAGUGAGGAGAAAAGAAAGUUUGCAAUUCUCAAGGAAACAAAAAGAUUCCAGGACCUGAUCCUGCGGACUUCGGGCAAAAUAACGGAAUUGGAGGGGGUGAGGAAGUCCCUGGACCUCCAGACGACCGGUGAGUUGAAGAAAGUGGAGAUCUUCGGAGUGCACCAACGGCGAGAGGAGCAGAGACUCCAGGAGAAGACUGAGCUGAACCAAAAAUUGAAUUUCGAGAUCCAGGAGUGCGAGAUGAGACUGGGCAAGUGCGGACCGGAUGACUUUAGUCGAGCGGAGUUGGAGAGGAAGGUGAAGGCCAUUGAGGGGCUCCAGAAGGCACUGGAGGAGAAGAUGGAAGUGGCAAAACUGUUGCAGACACAGUUGACGAACUUGGAGAACGACAUCAAGAAGAUCCAGGGGAGUUUGAAGGGGGGCAAUGAGGAGCUAGUGAGGCUGAAGAAUAAGAAACAGGAUAUGGGGUCGAUGAUGGAGGGCGGGGAGAAGCAGUUGAAGGCCGCCCAGAGAACGACUGAGGAGAAACAGGUGGCAGAGAAUAUUCUUCAGUUGAGGGUCACGCAAGGGGAACAGAUCAUCAAGAACAUAGGGAAUAAACUUCACAGUUUGGAGAAAUACUGGCUCCAAAUUGACUCGGCAAUGAAGGAAAGACUGGCCGAAAUAAAGCUCCAGAAGGAGGGCCUCAAUCUGGAGAAACGCGUGAUGGCAUCCGAGUGCCUGGAGCUGCGAUCAGCGAUAACUGCGAGGAAAUCCAGGAUGCAGCAUCUCCAGGCUCGUUACGACAACAUCAUCGCGACGAUGGGCAGCAACGAGACGAAUGGAGCCCCUGUGACGACGACGUACUUGAAGGUUUUGAACGCUCAGGAGAAGGCAGAGCUGCAGGAACAGGGGGACAAGCUUGAUGCAACGAUCAGAAAGACUGAGCAGGAGAUCAGGAGCAUGGAGAACACUUUAAGGAUCGUCAAUGCGUGCAACGAGAAGUACAAAUCCUCGCUGGGUGUUUCUGGAGAUGAGGAGCUUUCAGGGGAUGUGGAGAGGAAGCAGUUGGACGAGGAGAUGGUCAGGACCCUUCAACAGAUGAAACUGAGGCAGAUGGAGAUGGAGGAGGUGGAGGAGGAGUACCAGAGGAUGCAGAACGAUAUUGAGGGAUUGGAGGAGAGUUUGAAAGAAGCGAAGGAGGAGAAGGAAUUGAAGCUGAAGGCUGUUGCCGUGGUGGAGAGGCAGGUUGGCGAGCAGAAGGAGAGGAUAUCGAGGGCGGAAAAGAGUCUCAGGAAGUUGUACAAGGAUAUCCAGAGAAUAUGCGAGAAUGCUGAUGACGAUAGAAUACUGUUACAAGAGAAGGACAUCGCGACUAGAGAACUCCAAGAGCAAAAUUUUCUUGCCCUCCAACGAAUCACUGAAUUCACGAUUCGUCACGUUGAGGCUGAGGUCUAUGUAAAGAAAUUGCUGGGAGCUAAAAAUAUAGCCCUUCCAUGUGCCCAACAUUUGAAGCCAUCCCCGGCUUCGAGCUUCUGCGAGAGUACCCGGAGUUCAAUGGCUUCCUCGGAGAGGAGCAGACUGACCUUCACGAAGGAGAGUGCCAGUAGAAUCCAAAAUUUCCCCUCUGAACUUGUGUUCCAAGCCGUUGGAGGAUCAAAAUCGUCUAUGAGAACGCCAAGUUUGAGCGAGCAAUCAUCCGCAAACCGACCUUCAUUCGCGAGGAUAUAAUUAAAAUCAUAACGAUAAAAUUGAUUAUACACGAUGGAUAUCGAUUUUCUACAGUACUUUUCAUUAAUUUAAUUUUGUUAUUCGAUACUGCAAUAAAUAUGUUGAAUUGAUGAAA